UAUUCUCUUGCUACUCAAGUGUAAAAAGGCAUUCCUCUCAUCUGCGACACAAGACAAGAUACAUUGUUCAUCUUUUCUCCGCCGCUUCCAAAUUUUCAUACCAAAACCUAUUAGCUUUUCGGCAGUGAAUUAAUGGAAUUGUCAGCUCGACAACCACCAGCGCUUAACCAAAACGGACAGCAGGCUGCUGAUGAAUACUCCCCGGCCGCAUGUUUUAGCAGUUUAUCAGUACUGACGAAGAUCAUCAUGUGCACAAACAACAAAGGUGGUACUGGCAGAGUAAGCAACAGCAGAUCCCAAAUGCAAGCAGAAAUGGGCAAGCGUUACUAUAUGACUCUACUGGGAAUCAAUUACAUGUGUCUCUUCUUGGGUUCCGUUUCGUCUAGUCUACUUUCAAAAUUCUACUUCAAUCACAAAGGUGGCAGCAGAUGGGUUUCCACUUGGGUACAAUGUGCUGGUUUUCCUCUUCUUCUAUUCCCAAUUUACUUUUUCAGAAUUUGGACCGACAGAAAACCGUUUACUGGGUUCACCCCUAAAAUCCUGUGCCUCUCAAUCCUCAUCGGUUUCUUGUUGGGUAUCAACAACCUUCUCUUCUCUUGGGGGAAUUCUUAUCUCCCCGUUUCAACAAAUUCUCUGGUUUUGUCUACUCAAUUGGCCUUCACUCUCGUCACUUCCGUGAUUAUAGUCAAGCAAAAAAUCACAUUCCCGAAUUUGAACUGUGUCAUCGUUCUGACCCUCAGUUCGGUCCUAUUAGCCCUGGGUUCAAGUCACGACAAACCAAUUGGCCUGACAAAGGCGAAGUACUUCAAAGGAUUUUUCUCAACCGUAGGUGCAGGAUUGUUAUUCGCUCUUUACCUCCCUAUCAUGGAGAAAAUAUACCAAAAAGUUCACUGCUACGCCAUGGUCGUCGAAAUGCAGCUGGUUAUGGAGAUGGCGGCGACGGCGCUGGCCACGGCGGGUAUGGCGGCGGACGGCGGUUUCUCUGAGAUGAAGACGGAGAGCAUGAAGGUGUUCGAUUUAGGACCGAAGGCGUAUUGGCUGACGGUGGGUUUUAAUGUUGUGACGUGGCAGUUAUGCUUCAUGGGUACGGCGGGGAUGGUGUUUUUGACGACGUCGUUGACAGGAGGUGUAUGCAUGACGGCGUUAAUGGGGAUAAAUGUGUUGGGUGGAGUGUUUGUUUACGGGGAUCAUUUCGGUGGGCUUAAAGCAGUGUCUACUUUGCUGUGUAUAUGGGGAUUUUGUUCUUAUAUUUACGGCAUUUAUAUGAAACUGAAGGACGAAGAAGAGAAGCAGACAGAAAAUUCCAGAGAGAAGAAUGUGAAGAAGAUGAACAGUGAUCAUUUCAUGGAACUUGCAGAGAUUGUAACGCAUAACGCCUUAGGCUGAGGCUGAUCACGUGACAUCUCUCUAUUUUGUUUUUGUUUUAUUCGAUUUAUAAUAGGGGUAUUCUGGAGCUGAUUUAUAAUUGUACUCUAGUAGGGGCAUCAGUAACAAGUGUUUGUAUUCGUGUUAA